CGCUUCUCCAGUGGUGCCAAUUACGCACAGAGAUGUGCUGAGGUACAUCCAAGGAAACAACACUUUAAACGGUGUAAUUACAGAGGUGGCUGUUUGUGUCAUACAUCUCUUUCUUUGAGGACCUAUAAUCUGGCUGUCACCAAUGACUGUCACCUACACAGCCAGAGUUGCAAACGCCCGUUUCUGUGGCUUCUCCAAGCUGCUGCUGGCCUGGAAAGGCAGCAUCUACAAGGUGCUGUACAAAGAGUUCCUGGCUUUUUUUGCCAUGUAUACCGCCAUCAGCAUCACUUACAGAUUUUUCCUGUAUGAUGAUCAGAAGAGGUAUUUUGAAAAGCUGGCAAUUUAUUGCAACCACUAUGCCAGUCUCAUCCCUAUGUCCUUUGUACUGGGUUUCUAUGUGACCCUGGUGGUGAACCGUUGGUGGAGCCAGUACACCAGCAUCCCGCUCCCAGACAGGCUCAUGUGCGUCCUGUCUGGGGGCCUCCAGGGGAGCGAUGAGAGGGGUCGCCUGCUGAGACGAACCAUGAUGCGUUACGCCAGUCUGUCUGCCCUGCUCAUCCUCCGCUCUGUCAGCACGGCGGUAUUCAAACGUUUCCCCACCAUGGAUCACGUGGUGGAGGCUGGAUUCAUGUCAAGAGAGGAACGAAAGAAGUUUGAGGGUCUCCACUCUCCUUAUAACAAAUACUGGAUCCCCUGCGUUUGGUUCACGAACCUGGCGGCUGUGGCCCGCUGUGAGGGCAGGAUCAAAGAUGAUCACACACUCAAACUACUGCUGGAGGCACUGAAUGCGUUCAGAGGGAAGUGCAGCAUGCUGUUUCAUUACGACAUGAUCAGUGUUCCUCUGGUCUACACUCAGGUGGUGACUCUGGCAGUGUACAGUUUUUUCCUGGUGUGUUUGAUUGGUCGCCAGUUCCUGGACCCCAAUCAAGGUUAUCCAGGUCAUGACCUCGACCUCUACGUGCCCAUCUUCACUUUGCUACAGUUCUUCUUUUAUGCUGGGUGGCUCAAGGUUGCAGAGCAGCUGAUCAACCCUUUUGGAGAAGAUGAUGACGACUUUGAGACCAACUGGCUGAUAGACAGAAAUUUCCAGGUGUCCAUGAUGGCGGUGGACGAGAUGUAUGGAGAUCUGCCGAUGAUGGAGAGAGAUCGUUACUGGAAUGACUCCAACCCUAGGCCUCCCUACACUGCCGCCACUCUCUUUGUCCUCCGCAAACCCUCCUUCCAGGGGUCCACUUUCGACAUGGCGAUCCCUAAAGAGGAGAUGCACUUCCAGCCUCUGGAGAAUAUUGCUGAGAACAUGGAAGAGUCGGGCAGUCGUCACGCCAACAUGGCCCUCUUCAACCGCCUUCUCAACGCAGCCCCCUCCCCCACUGGCUUCAUGGGAGGGGCUCUUCGCCGCACCUCAGCACAGCUCCAGAGGCUACGCCACUCUCCCAGCAUUGACCAAUGCACCAGCGAUGAUGACGACGAUGAAGGCGGUAAAAUAGGUAAAGGUGGGUCUCUGCCUUCAGGGCUGGGGCAGGACACCCAGAGCACUGUGUGCAGCUUCAGGGAGGAGGUGAGCGCCAAAACGCCUCUGCUGGAGAUUCAGUUUGGUGCAGAGCAGGAGAGGCAAGGAGGGCAUCCUGCCGUCUGUGAGAAGAGGGAGGUGAGUGGAGUGGAGGGGAAGAGUGAUGAAGAGUGGCAGAUGUGGGAGGAAAGAAGGAAGGAAGAGAGUACAAUGGAGGAGAGCCAAGCUCCUGUGUCACUGCUUCCUCCACCCCCCCAGUCCUCAAGAGAGACGACCACUCAGUCAGCCUCUGCCACUCCCUUCACCUCCCGUCACCCCUCUGCCUUCCUGUUUCACCCAGCUGUCCACUCCAGUCUGGAGCACUGCAGCUCCCAGCCAGCUAUCAACCAGAACAGAGCUGUGCCCACCAUUCCCAAACCUCCCUUUGGUGGAAACAAAAUGUCAUUACUCACUGUGCCGUCUUACGACGAACCUCAGCGCUUUCGCAGUGUGAGCAUGGGAUCAGAGCUCACUGGGUCCUAGGUGGACGGUGGAUUGUGAUGU